ACACAACAGAGUGAGAAAAGCAGAAAUAAAAAGUGUUGAUGGAAGGAAAGAGCUAAUAACAUUUGUGGAAAGUGCGCGAGAUUUGUAUCUAUAGGCGCCUAUACGUACACAAAUUCACACGUUUUAAUCGCCGUCGUCGUCUUGUCGUCGCCGAUCAAUCGAUCCGAAUUAGGUAAUGGCUAGUGAAUCCGAGAGAGAAAUUGCAGAGAUCGUAGGUGCCCUUUCAUCUUCACCUACAUCUCCAAGACAGAAGAAGAAGAAGACUAAGAGAGGAGUAUUUUCUCGAAUGUGGAAUGGUUUAUUUGGGAUACAUGGUGAUGACUUCGAGAAGAGACUGAAACAUAUAUCCAAGGAAGAGGCUACUGUUCUUGCUAGAUUGAAAAAGAGAUCUACAAGUUGGAGGAGGAUGACUAGAAAUCUUGUAGUUUUCUCUGUACUUUUUGAGGUUAUUGCUGUUGGUUAUGCUAUCAUUACUACAAGAUCAUUGGACUUGAACUGGAAGAUGAGGGCCCUACGCGUGUUGCCCAUGUUUCUUUUGCCUGCUGUGUCUUCACUUACUUAUUCAGCUCUUGUAAGCAUCACAAGGAUGUGUGACCGCAAAGAUCAGGAGACUAUAGAACGGCUUCGGGCUGAACGCAUAGAAAAAAUUAAUGAACUCAAAGAGAGAACUAAUUAUUAUACUACACAGCAACUUAUUCAGAGAUAUGACCCCGAUCCAGCAGCCAAGGCAGCUGCUGCAACAGUCCUAGCCUCCAAGUUGGGUAUGGAUUCUGGCUUAAAACUGUAUAUGGGCGAUGAUUCAAAAUUUAAUCAUUCUAUGGGGAAGAGCACUGAUGCUGAACAUGUGCAAUCUAGUGGUCUCCGAAAUCGCAAGCAACCACUCACUAGAUCCAAUAGCAACGCAAGUACUGGUAUGCAGCAGUUGGAAGCAGAAAUGAUGCAACAUGCAGCUGAGGGGUCUGACUUGUUUAGACAUGAGGAGCUGGUGGUUGAACAUGAAACUCCAACGGGAAUACAUGCUCAGGAUGGGGGAUGGAUUGCUCGACUUGCAGCUUUGCUUGUUGGAGAGGAUCCAACCCAAUCUUAUGCACUUAUUUGUGGCAGCUGUCAUAUGCACAAUGGGCUUGCAAGGAGGGAAGAUUUCCCGUACAUCACUUACUAUUGCCCACACUGCAAUGCCUUAAAUAGGCCAAAGCAACUAGAAGACAAUUCCCCCAACAGUUCACAAAUGACGUCCCCUGGUUCUAGAUCUUUCAGACCGGUGGAUGAUAGCCUGGUCCAAAAUGUUAGUAAACCCGUCAGUGGCAAAGCAUCUGAUAGCAGUAGUCCUGUGGCAGCUACAGUGGAACAGAAAGAAACACAAGAUGUUAGUAGACCUUUCAGUGACAAAGUAUAUGAUGGCAGUAGCCACGUGGCAGCUGCGGUGGAACCUAAUGAAACACAAGAUGUUGGGAGAGCCGUGACUGGCAAAGCAUCUGAUAGCAGUAGCCCUGUGGCAGCUGCAAUGGAACACAAAGAAACACAAGAUGUUAGUAGACCCAUGAGUGAAAAAGCAUCUGACGGCACUAGCCCUGUGGCAGCUGCAGUGGAACACAGAGAACUACAAGAUGUUGGUACAUUCAUGAGUGACAAAGCAUCUGAUAGCAGUAACUCUGUGGCAGCUGAAUUGGAACACAAAGAAAUACAAGAUGUUAGUAAACCCAGGAAUGACAAAGCAUCUGAUAGCAAUAGUCCUACGGCAUCUGAAGUGGAACACAAAGAAACAAGCGAGACAACAGCACACGAGAGUGAAGUAAGUUGAUAGCAGGUUUAUUUGGAAAUGCAUGUCACAGCUUUCCCCUCCCCCCCACCCUUUAAGCUUGGUUGUGACCAUCUUCUGUAUAGGUUUUUAAGCCAUACUCAUUUUUGUGAUUGUCAUGGUUUUCUUUCGAUUUUGUAAAAAUGAUACGUCUAUCUAUAUAUAAUCAUAUACACAUAGCAGAGCUGGCUGUAUUAGGAGCAGAAUUGACCUGCGUGUAUGUAAAAACAGCUUGUGUUUGCUUGGUGUAAGCAAUUACUGGAAUCCUAGUAUUGUGAUUGUCACAGUUUUGAAUAUAAAUUAGAGUUCAAUUGUAUAAAGUAUUAGUCA